AUGACAGCAAUGGAUGACUGGAUCUCUGGAACACCCAUUACAGCCCCCAUUCCACGCUCCUUAUAUUUCUUGGCUGCUUAUUUUAGUAUUACGAUCGGUCUAUUUGCUGCUGGAACAUUUAUAAUUCAGGAAAAGAAAACACCCAUCAUUCAACAACUUCAGUCAGCCAUCAUUGCUUCAGUUCUUCUCGGCUUUGGUGCCAUCUUUGCUUCCAAUGCCGCAGGUGUUUACCUCUAA